AUGAGGGGGUUGUUAAUGGAGACACUUGCUCUUCCCUCAUUCUUUUACUGUCUCAUUGCUUUCUCAUCAACCUUGUUGCAAUUUUGCAUUGCAGCUGACACCAUAAGUCCAGGGCAAUCAAUUAGCGGUAUCCAGACUUUAGUUUCCUCAGACAAAGUUUUUGAGCUAGGCUUCUUCUCUUCAGGCAACAACAAGAGCUGGUACUUGGGCAUAUGGUACAAGAAGACCCCGGGUGUACUUGUGUGGAUAGCGAACCAGAACAGCCCAGUCACAGAUCCUUCUGCAAUUUUCACCAUCAGCGACAGUGGAACACUUGUUCUUCUCAACCAAAGCAACCACACUAUCUGGUAUUCAAAUCCAUCCAGGCCAGCACAGAUUCCAGUUGCUCAACUUUUAAGUUCUGGUAACCUUGUUCUUAUAGACAAAGUAACUUCAACCUCUGAAAGCUAUCUGUGGAAGAGCUAUGAUUACCCGAUAAACACGUGGUUACCAGGCAUGAUCAUAGGAAAGGACAUGAGCAAUGGUCUAAACCGAUUUUUGACAUCUUGCAAAGACUCAGAUAUUGCAUCUCCAGGAGACUCUACAUACAAAUUUGAUUACAAGGGGUUGCCUCAAAUAUUUAUAAAAAGGGGAACGAUGAAAAAAUUUCGCACUGGACCUUGGAAUGGAGUUCGAUUCAGCGGUCUUCCUAUGCCUAUAAAUCAAUUUUUCUUUCCCAUAUUAGCAUCCCAAAAUGACAUGGUGGGAUAUAUGUAUGAACCUAAAAACAAGUUGGUUUCUACAAGGAUAACACUGAGCGAGUCAGGCAUCCUCCAACGCUUUGUAUUGAUGGAGGGAAGCACUGAAUGGACUACCAUGGAUGCAGUACCGAAUGACAUGUGUGACAAUUAUGGGCAGUGUGGCCCUAAUAGUGUUUGCAGAAGUUACAAAGAAUCAACUUGCGAAUGUUUGGAAGGUUUCAUCCCCAAAUCACCAGAAGAAUGGAAACUGCUCAAUUCUUCAAGCGGAUGUGUAAGGAGAACCCCACUGGAAUGCCUGAGGAAAGAUAGUUUCAUGAAGCUUGAGUGGGUGAAGUUGCCUGACUUGCUAGAGUUUUGGUUAAACAAGACUAUGAGCACCAAGGAAUGCGAGGCAGAGUGCUUGAAGAACUGUUCAUGUACAGCAUAUGCAAAUUCAGAUAUUAAUGGGGGAGGCAAUGGCUGUUUGAUCUGGUUUGGGAAUUUGAUUGAUAUUAGAGGGUAUAACCAAGAAAAUCCCGGGCAAGAUCUCUAUAUACGACUGGCUACUUCAGAACUAAGAUCAAUCCGCGAAUCAAACGUGAAGGAAGGUCCGGUGGUCGUCCUGAUGGUAUCAGUCAUUUGUGGAAUGCUUACUUUGGGGUUUAUUUACUGGUGUAUAACUUGGAAGAUAACAAGUAGAAGAUUAGGCCUUCUAAGAAAGAAAGAAGAUAUAGAGGUACCUUUAUUUGAUUUUACAACGGUUGCCACUGCAACAAACAAAUUCUCUCAAGAAAAUGUGAUUGGGGCUGGUGGAUUUGGUCCUGUUUAUAAGGGACAUCUAUCUAACGGACAAAAUAUUGCUGUGAAGAGGCUGUCAAAGGAUUCAAGACAAGGUCUCAAAGAGUUCAAGAAUGAAGUUGUUCUCAUUGCCAAACUUCAACAUAGGAAUCUUGUCAGGCUCUUAGGCUACUGCAUCCAAGGAGAUGAAAAGAUGUUAAUCUAUGAAUACAUGCCCAACAAAAGCUUGAAUUAUUUCAUUUUUGAACAAAAUGGGAGUGCACUGCUGACAUGGCCAAAGCGUCUUGACAUUGUUUUGGGGAUUGUGCGAGGACUUCUCUAUCUACACCAGGAUUCUCGACUUCAAGUUAUCCACAGGGAUCUGAAAGCGAGUAAUAUUUUAUUAGAUAUCAAUUUAAACCCAAAAAUAUCAGAUUUUGGCUUAGCAAGAACUUUUGGAGGAGAUGAAUCUGAAAUGAAAACAGAAAGAGUUGUUGGAACACAUGGCUACAUGUCUCCAGAGUAUGCAGUGGACGGAACAUUUUCAGUGAAAUCUGAUGUCUUUAGCUUGGGUGUGCUUAUGUUAGAGAUAGUGAGUGGCAUGAAAAAUCGAAACUUUUUUCAUGCCGAUCACCAUCAUAACCUACUAGGACAUGCAUGGUUGCUGUGGAAGGAGGACAGGGCCUUGGAACUAUUGUAUACAUGUUUGGAGGAUUCACAUUUAAGAUCCCAAGUACUAAGAUGUAUUCAUGUUGGUUUACUAUGUGUUCAAAAGUUCGCUGAAGACAGGCCGAUAAUGUCUUGUGUGCUUUCUAUGUUAACAAAUGCGGAAGCAAUUCUGCCUCAGCCUAAACAGCCUGGUUUUUUCAUAGAAAGAAGUUCCGGCAAUGCAGGUGCAUUAUCAAGAAAUGAAGAAUCCAACACAGAAAAUGCAGUAACUAUAACUUUGCCAGAAGCUAGAUAGGGAAUUCAUAAAUAGCUUGCAUGAGAUGUUAUACGUGAAAGUUUUGAAGUAUUUAGGAGUGCAUUUGGGACUAGAUUCUUUGGCAUCUUUUUGUUUUCAGAUUUAAAUUAUAUCAUUUGGGGGUUCAUAGUUGCUA